AUCGACGACAACCUCACCGCGAGCGUUUAAGAUGAACUGAUUCCCGAUGAGCUGAUGCUCAAGCCAGAGAACAAUUGAUUAAUACCUUCAAAUUGCCAAGAUCCCACUACAGCCACAAUGUCGGACAUCGAUGAAGUCCACAUGGACAUCGACGCCGCGCCCGGUGCGCAAUCCAUCACAUUCUCCUCCGAGACGAAAGGCAAAAGAAGCGCAGCCAACCUUCCAGUCGAGGCAGAAGAUACUCUUCCAUGGGUUGAAAAAUAUCGACCGAAGACGCUAGAUGAUGUCUCAGGCCACCAGGAUAUCCUGGCGACCAUCAAUCGCUUCGUCGAAAAGAAUCGACUCCCGCAUCUCCUACUAUAUGGGCCACCGGGGACGGGGAAGACGUCGACCGUGUUGGCCCUGGCGCGGAAGAUAUAUGGCAGUAAGAACAUGCGGCAAAUGGUACUGGAGCUGAAUGCCAGUGAUGAUCGAGGUAUCAACGUCGUCCGGGAACAAAUCAAGACCUUCAGCAGCACCAAGCAGAUCUUCACCGCCGCCCCCCAACCCGGCGAUUCCUCCCUCGCCUCCUUCAAACUCAUCAUCCUCGACGAAGCCGAUGCCAUGACCGCCACCGCCCAAAUGGCCCUCCGCCGAAUCAUGGAGAAAUACACCGCCAACACCCGCUUCUGCAUCAUCGCCAACUACACCCACAAGCUCUCCCCCGCCCUCCUCUCCCGCUGCACCCGCUUCCGCUUCAGCCCCCUGAAAGACCUCGAUAUCCACCGCCUCAUCGACCGCGUCGUCGUCGAGGAAAAUGUCCAGAUCGACCCCGCCGCCGUUGAGAGUCUCGUCAAGCUCAGCAAGGGCGACAUGCGCCGGGCCCUAAACGUUCUGCAAGCGUGCCAUGCGAGCAGCACGCCGUUGCGUGCACCGGGGGAGCCCGCGCCGGACCCGACAACGAUCCGGCGGGACACGAUCACCGAGACGACGAUUUACGACUGCAUCGCGUCGCCGCAUCCGGAGGACAUCGUGCGCAUCGGAGACACGCUGCUGAACAACGUGGACGUGACGGGGUGCUUACAGACGAUCAAUGCGAUCAAGGUCGCAAAGGGGUUGGCGUUGGCGGAUAUCUUGACCGCGUUGUCGGAGCACUUGAUGGGGGCGGGCGUGCCGGCACAGACGCGGGUGACGUGGAUGGAGGGGUUGGCGGAUAUUGAACAUCGGUUGAGUGGAGGGGGGAGUGAGAUGAUUCAAACGGGGGCGAUGGUGGGAAUCAUCAGGAAAGGGGCAGAAAUGGCAGGGUAG